AAAAUUUCAAAUUGGUUCGGAUGCAAUAGUGGAUUUUGUUUUCUUCGCGUUGGUCAUCCUGCUAGCGUGUCAUUGUCAAAAACUCGUGCUGCUCUUUCAGCAUUUAUCUGUUUCUGUUUGGAAGCGUUGAUUUGUAAAUUUCGGCGCCAAGAAAGUACUCUUCACUUUUUCGAAUAUUUUAACACACCAGACUCAGACCAUGGAAAAGAUGGAAACCACGCCGGUAAUCACCAACAAUGUAGGAAAGGAUGAAGAAGUGACUGCCGACGAAAUGACAUCGAGGGACUACUACUUCGACUCCUAUGCUCACUUCGGAAUUCACGAGGAGAUGCUCAAAGAUGAAGUACGGACUCUCACAUACAGAAACUCAAUGUAUCAUAAUAAACAUUUGUUUGCUGGUAAAGUGGUUAUGGACAUUGGAUGUGGCACAGGCAUUCUAAGUAUGUUUGCUGCCAAAGCUGGUGCGAAGAAAGUUAUAGCUGUUGAAUGCUCUAACAUUGUGGAUUAUGCUAAGAAAAUAGUAGAAACCAACAAAUUAGAUCACAUUAUCACAAUUGUCAAGGGUAAAGUGGAAGAGAUCACUUUGCCUGAAGGUAUCGAAAAAGUUGACAUCAUCAUAUCAGAAUGGAUGGGUUACUGUCUGUUCUAUGAGAGCAUGUUGGACACGGUUUUGUAUGCGAGAGACAAGUGGUUAGCACCGUCAGGCCUUUUAUUCCCGGACCGUUGUUCGCUUUUCGUCACUGCCAUCGAAGAUCGUCAAUACAAGGAUGAGAAAAUCAACUGGUGGGAUGAUGUUUACGGUUUCGACAUGAGCUCGAUACGCAAGGUUGCAAUCAGUGAGCCGCUCGUCGACGUUGUCGAUCCGAAGCAGGUCGUGACCAACGCUUGCCUCAUCAAGGAGGUCGAUCUGUACACCGUUCAAAAACAAGAUUUAGAAUUCUCAGCGCCGUUCCACCUACAGGUGAGGAGGAACGACUACGUUCAAGCUCUUGUGACGUUCUUCAAUGUUGAAUUCACAAAAUGCCAUAAGCGCGUCGGAUUCAGCACGGCCCCCGAAGCCCCGUACACCCACUGGAAACAGACUGUGUUCUAUUUUGAAGAUUAUAUGACUGUGAAAAAGAACGAGGAAAUUUACGGUACGUUCGAAAUGAGACCAAAUCCAAGAAAUAAUCGCGACUUGGACUUUGUUGUCGAACUCGAUUUCAAAGGAGAAUUGGGCGAUGUUCACGAAACCAAUAGAUAUAGAAUGCGUUGAAAGAGUAACACGCAAACAAUACCUUUAUUCUCCUUGACUUGCUGAAAACUAUAAACAUAGCAAGUGGAAUAUCGAAACCUUAUUAAUUACUAUUUUUUUUAUUAUGUAUUCAUUUAUUUUUAAUUAUUAAGUCAAACUAAAUCUCAUUGGAAUAAGAGAGUAGGUGAAAAAAACCUUCUAAACAAAUUCUAGUGGGAAUGAAAAGAUUACUUUUAUUUUUUGAGACUAAUCUUUUUAUAUUAAUUCUGCAUCCUUUCGGAUUAUUUAUUGAUAGUCGUU